AUGGCUCUUCUACUGCUGUACGGCUGGCACCAGGAGAAGCCGUCUGAGGAUGGUUAUGGUUCUCAGUCUUGUCAGGGCAGAGCUUGUGCGUGUAAACGUGCCUCCGUUCAGUCGAGAGACGCUCCGAGCUAUGGCUCUGUUUAUGACUGUGGCCAGGCUGUGUGGAUCACGGUGAAGCUCACAGCACCUGUGGGAGAGCGUACAGCGUCAUUAUAUGGGGGAUACACUACAAUAAAGGCUCAGUCAAGGACAAGAACGGACGUCCUAAUUGGGACAACGUCUCCAAUCCACGGAACCAGUCAUGAUAGCCCCCUGGGGGGACUGGUGAGGCCUUCUGGCAAGGCCACAGAGAGCCUGAGCUCAAACGGUGGGCUACCAUACUUUGAGGUCUUAUUACUCCAUGAAUACCGUAACUAUGGCCCAUGGCACACCUACGGGAGAUGGACACAAGUAGCACUACGCUAUCCAAACGGACUCUCACACGUCUGGCAGUAUGGACAGUGGCUACGGUUCCAAGGACGCCAGAAGGCUCAGAGGCUCCGUAACGUAUGCUUAUGCCAUCUGGUGGUGCGGAUGGGCAUGGUCUCUGGGAAACGUCUCAGAAUGACUGAUGUCUCUAUAUUCAUAAGACUCCUCUAUAUACAAGUAUCAAUGCAUGAGGCGCCGGGCACAACCUAUAGGUCUCGGGGCAGCAGCGUAGGCUACAUGCUCCGACACGGAACGCCCGAAGGUCGUGAACAUACGAUUUUCAGGCUACGGCAAAGAGUGCUACAAUCGAAACAGACCACUGAAGAUAUUUGGCUUUUGGCUAUUGGGUCCGAAGAUACAGUCUGGACGAGUACUCUACACCCUGGGCGAGCCAGAAUCAAAGCGUCUAAAGACAGGCGCAUGGCCGAGCUAACAGGCUCAAAACCAUGUAUGGCCGAGUCCAUGGCACGAGCAAUACAGCGCUUGGGAACGGGCGUCACGGCCCACACACAAUCAGAUGAGCCAGCAGAGCAGAUGAGCCACCCGACAAGACGAACAGAAUCAGAAAGGCUGAGAUGUGCUUUGACACCGCUGGCAUAA